AUGAAGACGCCGACGGGACAGCACGCCGGCGGGGCGCAGGCUCCGCUGCUGCCGGAGUACGAGCUCGCGGAGCCCUCGGAGGGCUCCGCCUCCGUCUCCGGCGCGGUGUUCAACCUGUCGACGAGCAUCAUCGGCGCCGGAAUCAUGUCGAUUCCGGCGACGCUGAAGGUGCUCGGCGUUGGCCCGGCGGUGGUGCUGAUCCUAUCGGUGGCGCUCCUGUGCGACGUCUCCGUGGAGUUCCUCUUGCGGUACACCAACUCCGGUAAGGUCAUGUCCUACGCCGGCAUCAUGGCGGAGUCCUUCGGGAAGGCCGGUGCCACGGCGCUGCAGCUCUGCGUCAUCCUCACCAACCUCGGCGCCCUCAUCAUGUACCUCAUCAUCAUCGGUAGUAGUCCACCUCCACCACUCGUACAUCUCCUUCCUCAAUCGUGAUGCUUCCACUGAUUUCGUCUGCGUGGGCUUGGGAGCAGGGGAUGUGUUAUCGGGGAACCAGUCGGAGGGCGCGGGGCACCUGGGAGUGCUGCAGGAGUGGUUCGGCGACCAGUGGUGGAACUCCCGCCCGGCGGCGCUCCUCUUCACCCUCGUCUUCGUGUUGCUUCCUCUUCUCCUCUUCCGGCGUGUAGGUCAGUUCCCCUUUGGACUCAUCUCUCUCUCUCUCUCUCUCUCUCCCGCCCUCUCUCUUUGCCUUACUUCAUUCGCAUAGUUUUCUUAGCCGCAUAGGCUAGGCACAGAGCUCAAAGGGGGCAGGCUGAUUGGACCCCCUAACAAGCCUUCUGUGUGUCGGUGUCUGUAUCCAUGGAAGUGCGUGAGAGAGAGAGACGUUUGAUCUACGGGUGCUCUAACAUAGGAUGUGAGCAGAAUUUGCUCGGCCCUAUUAGACCAGUCUGGUUACACUCACGAUGUCAUGCGGAGAUGGUCGCGUGAAUGUUUUCAGUACUGUUAUGCGUGCACAUACAGAGCUUUUAUUUCCUUUUCAUGUGCGGCGUGCUUCAACACAUCACGAUCCAUCCUUAUCCUCAAAGGGCCCCACGUGGGACCCAUGAAACUGUUUCUCUCUCUCUCUCUCUCUAUGCAUCCUGAUAUUCAAUUCAUAUACAAAUGGAAAUUUUGUUUAAUGGCAUAUGACAUCAAUGAUUCUUUGUUUGCAUUUAGAUUGAAUCGACCCGGAAAGCUAUUUCUUUAGAGCGGCGAAUUGACUCCAUGAUUUAAGUAUAUUUAAAUUAGAAACCAGAGGCUGAUUCCACCGAUCGUUGACCAGUUCUAGGGAAGAACUAACUGAUCGCGUCUGUUGAAGAAUCUGUGUCUUGUUGGGAAUUCCUUACUCGUGUAUUCAUGGCAGAUUCUCUGAGGUUUUCCUCGGCCGUCUCGGUUUUCCUGGCGGUGGUAUUCGUCGCCAUCAGCUCCACCAUGGCGCUCUACGCGCUCUACAGAGGGACAACCAGGACCCCCAGGGUUCUGCCGGAUUUCGGCUCCGGGACCUCCUUCUUCGAGCUCUUCACCGCCGUCCCGGUCAUUGUCCUCGCCUUCACCUUCCACUUCAACGGUGAGUACUCUCCAGAAAGCUUUCAUCCUCCCGUCGACUCAAUCUCCGACUGAUCUGGCCCAGACGUCGGGUAUUCCCAGUUCAUCCCAUCAGGGCAGAGCUGCAGAAGUCGUCGGACAUGACGAAGGCCGUGAGGCUCUCUCUGAUCCUCUGCUCCGUCAUCUACGCCACCGUCGGCCUCUCCGGCUACCUCCUCUUCGGGGACGCCACCAUGGCCGACAUACUCUCCAACUUCGACAGAACCUCCGGCUCCGACGUUCCCUCACUGGUCAAUAACCUCGUCCGGCUCAGCUAUGGUCUCCACCUCGUCCUGGUCUACCCCCUCCUCAACUUCUCUCUUCGGAUUAACGUGGACGGCCUGUUCUUCCCGAGAUCGCGGCCGCUGCCAUACGACGACACCCGCUUCGUCUCUCUGACUCUCGGGCUGGCGGCGUUCGUCUACCUCGCCGCCAUCGGCAUCCCCAACAUAUGGACUCUCUUCCAGUUCUUCGGAUCCACGACUGCCGUCUGCCUCUCGUUGAUCUUCCCGGCUUCAAUUGUGCUCAGGUAAAUCCCCUCUCCCCUCCCUCGUUAUUCUCCACCGUGCUCGGCCGACAAUCUCUGUGUUUAACUCUUACGGCGGGAAACUUCCGUUUCAGGGACAUUCAUGGCAUCGCUCGCCGGCAAGACAAGGUGGUGGCGGCGACGAUGAUCUCCCUGGCGGUGGCGACAAGCGCCGUUGCCAUAUCGUCCAAUGUGAUCAGCUUCUUUAAUAGCAGAGCAUGA